CAACGUUUAAUUGGGCAAAGAGGUUAGUUAGGUGGGAACUGUGGUAAGUAGAGGAAAGGAAGAAGGGAAAGAAGGGAGCGAAGGAGAGAAAAGUGUGUAUUCAUGGCGACUUCGAAGCUCCAAGCACUCUGGAACCACCCGGCUGGCCCUAAAACUAUUCACUUUUGGGCACCGACAUUUAAAUGGGGCAUCAGCAUAGCUAAUGUUGCCGACUUCUCUAAACCACCUGAAAAACUUUCGUAUCCUCAACAAAUAGCGGUUGCUUGCACUGGAAUUGUCUGGUCACGUUACAGCACUGUCAUCACCCCUAAAAACUGGAAUCUUUUUAGUGUAAAUGUUGCAAUGGCUGGGACAGGACUCUACCAACUUUAUCGCAAAGUGCAGCAUGAUUAUUCCUCUGAAGCAGAAGCUGUUAUUGCAAAAGAAUGAUGACGAAAGAUAUUCUGAACAUUUUGGUUCGUAAAAUUUUAACUUCGUAUUUCCCAUUCCCAUUGUUGGAAUGGAAGGCUCCAAAAUGUUUAUUGCAACCUAUGUUUCAUUCCUUACACUUUGUUCUGUCUGCUGGCUAAAGAUUGAGAAUUUAGUGGCAAUCUGAACAUUCAAGAGCCUCCCUCAUAUCUAAUAAAAAAACUGUUUCGGUUUUCUCAA